UGGCAAUGCUUUGUCCCUAGCCGGUAACCAAUUGACAAUUGUCAGACAUUUACAAAAAACAAUUCAGUCUGUGACUGUCUCUGCAAGUAAAAUAAUAUCUUAAGAAAUUAAAAUGUCGACCUGGACACCAUUAGAAUCUAACCCAGAGGUACUGACCAAAUACAUACACAAGCUGGGCGUGUCGCCAGCCUGGUCUGUGACUGACGUCAUCGGUCUGGACGAUGAGUUGCUGGCAUAUCUGCCUCGUCCUGUGAAGGCAGUUAUUCUGCUCUUUCCCAUAAGCGAUGCUUAUGAAAAGCAUCGUGCUGAUGAACAUGAACGCAUCAAGACUGCAGCUGAGGAGGAGAAAUAUCCAGAUGAUUUGUUCUAUAUGCGCCAGUUCACUCACAAUGCCUGUGGCACUGUGGCUCUCAUCCACAGUGUGGCCAAUAACAAGGACAUUGAAAUUGCACCCGGAGUGCUGAAGAGUUUUCUGGAGAAGAGCGCUUCUCUGUCGCCCGAGGAACGCGGUCAGCAUCUGGAGAAGGACAAAGACUUUACCGAGGAUCAUCAGACACUGGCCCAGGAGGGACAAACGGAUGCUAGUGCCUAUGAAACGGUUAUUCAUCAUUUCAUAGCGCUGGUCAACAAGGAGAACACACUGUUUGAGCUGGAUGGACGCAAAUCGUAUCCCAUCAGUCAUGGCAAGACCUCGGAUGAAACCUUUGUCCAUGAUGCCGCCAAGGUGUGCAAGGAGUUUAUGGCCCGUGAUCCGGAUGAUGUGCGCUUCACCGUUCUGGCUCUAGCUGCCACACAGGACUAGAGAGAGAGUGGAUCACUCUGUUCUGAUAUACAUUACUAUAUAUGAUCUCUGAUUUAAUAUACUCUCAUUUAUGCAUUGUAAAGCUUGAAGAUUAUGCUCUCAGCUUAGCUAUUAACCAAAAUUUUUCAUUACGCAUUAUGCCACAUUAUUGUUUUUGUAUUUUGGAUGUUUGUUUCUCUAAUUAAAGAACCGCAUCAAAUGCUUGAGAACUGCA